CUCGGCUUCUUCUUUUUUCUUCCCCUACUCUUCCUCGCUGCACAUGCUUGGUCCGCGCUGCAAAGCGGCUUUGUUUAUUUCUUGAUUUUACACCCCGUUUGCUGCAACGUUUGGCUUGGACUCGAAGAGCUCGACUUGCUAAACAAUCCCCUCGGAGCCGGCAAACGGGACGAAUCCGAGUCGCUUUCCUUCCACAGAACACCUACACAAAACAGACAGCAUCACGAUAGCCAGCAAUCAUGGUCGUCGAUCCGAACGCCGCCUCCAUCACGGUCGCAGGUUCGUCUUAAUGUCACCAGCCUCAGCUACUCGUUGAGCGCAGAUACUAAUCUUGGCGGUUCAAUAGUUCGAGUGCGACCAUUCACAAUCCGAGAAGCAGCACAACUAACUCGCAAUGAAGAGGGCACCGUCUUUCUGGGCGACGGUUCGCUCGCUGCCGCACCACCCAAGCUUCAAAGGGGCGGGAUUAGACCCGUCAUCAAAGUCGUCGAUGACAGAUGCUUGGUCUUCGACCCGCCCGAGGACAACCCCGUCCAUAGAUUCGGACGAUCCGUUGUUCCCAACGGCAAGAAGGUCAAGGAUCAGACCUUCAUGUUCGACAGAAUAUUCGACGACAAUGCCACCCAGAACGACGUCUACGAAGGCACCACGAAGCAGCUCAUCGAUAGUGUUCUUGAUGGUUACAAUGCUACCGUUUUCGCCUACGGCGCAACUGGUUGCGGCAAGACGCAUACCAUUACCGGAACAUCACAGCACCCAGGAAUCAUUUUCAUGACAAUGCAAGAACUCUUCGAAAAGAUCACAGAGCGAAGCCAGGAAAAAACCACGGAGAUCACCCUUUCCUACCUCGAGAUUUACAAUGAAACGAUUCGCGACCUGCUGAUUCCCGGAGGUAGCAAGCAGGGAUUGAUGCUCCGUGAGGACUCGAACCAGGCCGUGUCGGUUGCUGGUCUGACAAGCCAUCACCCCAGAAAUGUGCAAGAGGUCAUGGACAUGAUUGUGCAAGGCAACGCGUGGCGUACAGUCUCCCCAACAGAAGCCAACGCUACCUCUUCUCGAUCACACGCCGUUUUGCAAAUCAACGUCUCGCAAAAGGACCGCAACGCCUCUGUCAACGAACCGCACACCAUGGCUACUCUUAGUAUCAUUGAUCUCGCUGGCAGCGAGCGUGCCAGCGCCACGAAGAAUCGCGGCGAGCGGCUGCUUGAAGGCGCAAACAUCAACAAGUCUCUUUUGGCCCUGGGAAGCUGCAUCAAUGCCUUGUGCGAUCCCCGCAAGCGCAACCACGUACCAUAUCGCAACAGCAAACUUACACGACUCCUGAAAUUCUCACUCGGCGGUAACUGCAAGACAGUCAUGAUUGUGUGUGUUAGUCCUUCAAGUGUUCACUUUGACGAGACACAAAACACCCUUCGAUACGCGAACCGAGCCAAGAACAUUCAGACCAAGGUGACUCGCAAUGUCUUCAAUGUCAACAGACAUGUCAAGGACUUCUUGGUCAAAAUUGACGAACAAAUCGCUCUGAUUAACGAGCUCAAGGCCCAACAGAAGGAUGCCGAGAAGACCUUUUACGCCAAGUUCCGCAAACAGUUGGAGAAGCGCGACUCCAUUGCUCGCGAAGGCGUGCAACGUCUCCGUGUGGCGUACGAGAAUUCCGCCAACGACAGACGGGACAGAAUCAACAACAUGAAGAAAUUGAGGGCUUUUGAGCGACGCAUCAGCCUGCUUUCUGCCUGGAUUGCUUCUUUCGAUACUGUCUGCGACCAAAGAGGAGACGAGGAUGCAAUGCCCGCGACGCUAUUGGCCAUUCGCAAAACUGCGCAAGGCAUCAUGGUAGAGCUGGAACACAGCCGCCAUCAUAUUCACCAAAAGCUGGAAAACACCAACUGGGAGCGAGCUAUUGACACGGCCCUUCACCACAGCAUCAAGCAGUUGCCCGGAGGCGAGUCCGACACUGCCGAGAUUGACACCCUGACUAGGGAGGCUGAGCUUCUCAAGGCCAAUUUUGGUAGGGAAGCCAGCCAUGAAGUCCUCGAGAUGGAUAAGGGCGGCGACGCCGCAAUGAUGCAGGUCCUUCUGACGGCUCAAUUCGACAUUCUGGCAUCUCUCGAGGACACGCUAGCGAUGAACGAAGAGGAUGCCGUCGCACACGCUAAGCAAAUCAUCAACCGACUGCUAGAAGCCGGCUUCUCUGCCGCAUCUCAUAUUGUCAAGCCUGACGGUGCCAUGAUCCCCGUUGAGAAGUUCUCUCCCAGCAAACGGGGCACGCCAAAGCGCAAGAAGGCAGUUGUAAACAACACAUCUCCUAUCCGCCAGCCGGCCUUUGUUCCUCCGAAUGAGCCUGCACCUCAACCUCAUGCGUCUCCCAUCAAGUUGUCGCCCCGCCGUAGAAAGGCGGCCGCUCCUAGGAGUCCCCGCAAGGGAGUCUCAUUCACGCCUGUCAAGAGAAAGUCAGAAGCCAAGCGAGGCGUUCGCUGGAGGGAUGACGAGACAGAAUCUGGCACGUUGGCGGACUUUGAAAAGACGCCCAAGAAGUUCGAGGUGACGCCAGAGCACACAUCACCAGAAAAGGGAUUGCGAAUGCCAGCUCUACCCUCAUAUCUGAGGACAGCAUCGCCCAGCGCGGCCAACUCGGGCUCCGACGAAAGCCCAACGUUGGAACUCCCCGAGUCCUCGUCCAUCCCCCCUGCCAAACCCAACAGAUUCCAGGCUGGCUUCCUGACCAAGGGUCGCAUCUCGUCGAUUGGCUCUGGGUCGCCAACUGUACCAAUCCCGACGAUGUCUUUGCCCCUCGGCUCUUCUCCGUCCUCAGACAGCGGAGACCGAGCGGCUCCCCUGCGCGCACUGGACGUGCAUCGUUCUUCAAACUUGUCGCCUCCGGCUUUCCGCUCUAGAAUCGCGAGAGCCAGCCCUCCCCCAAGAACGUCCCUGUCUGGCAGUCUCUCUGCCGAUGAGAACAACCCGCCCUCGCCGCUGGGCCCGUCUGGAUCAGAGUCGGAGUCACCCAGCAUUGAUCCUAGGAAGAUUCGAUCGGCCUUGCAAUCAAUGAAGAAGGUCCGAGGCGAGCACCGCCGCGUGUCGUCCAUAGGAGGAACAGCGGCAUCAAAUGCCAGGCGCAUCUCAUCCGUGAACUCUAUCGGCUCAAACCACCGGGUGUCGGCUAGCUUUUCCGGCCCUACGGCUAGUAGCACAAACGGAAUUUCUCGAUCGCGACGGGCCAGUGCGGAGCGGGGACUCUCACCGCCCAUGAUUUGCUCUCCUCCCGACUUUAAAAGCGACCGAGCAUUUACGGCGGGACAAGCAAGGCGAAUGCAUUUGGGAGGUAGCUUGAGGCUAGAGGGAGGAAGCCCGCAAGCGCCUCAGCACAGAAUAGCUAGCGCCGACUUCAAGAACCGUCGCAUCACGAUUGGAAGCCUGGCAGCGACGGGCAAGAUCGAAAAGGGACAUGCACCUAGGCCCAGCGUGGCUGGUUGGCGUUGA